CAGAUCAACUCGAACAACGGAUUCCCAAAACAAGCCCUAGGAUGCCUUGGCGGAAAGAAAUCGUUGAGCCCAUAGGACAAAUGGGCCUGGGUCGGGUUGUUAUAUGGAUCCUACGAUUGGGCCAGUGAGUUCCACGUGUAAUAGCCCUAAGCGCGCCAGAGGCACCAAAAUCAAAAAGACAAAAUGGAGGAAAUUUUUCCCUCGCACAAGCGAAAAUGUUUUUUGGGGGCUGAACAGAAGGGAAGACUGAAGAUCAGAACUCACUCAUCCUUUGUCUCCCCACCUCGAAUUGAACCUCUAAUUCUGCCCCCACUCCCCCGGGGAAAUGUUGGAAACAAGUAUUCCAUCGCAAGUGUUUUUCAAUAUUCGUUUCGUUCUCCAUGGUUUUGAUCCUAUCAACGAAAGCAAGGUCCGAUUCAAGCUUGUAAACGGCGGUGGGGUUGAUGUUGGUCAGUACAGUCCAAGUUGCACACAUGUCGUUGUGGGCAAACUUACAUAUGAUGAUCCUGUUUGCGUUGCUGCAAGAAAUGAUGGGAAAACACUUGUCACUGCUUUGUGGGUUGAUCAUAGUGUCGAUAUUGGAAUGCCAGUUGAUGCAGCCUCCGUCAUGUACAGACCCAUGAAAGAUUUAAAUGGUAUACCAGGUGCUAAGAAUUUGGUUGUUUGCUUGACUGGUUAUCAACGUCAGGAUCGGGAUGACAUUAUGACAAUGGUUGGCUUGAUGGGUGCUGAAUUUUCUAAGCCAUUGGUGGCGAGCAAAGUUACUCAUCUUAUAUGCUACAAAUUUGAAGGAGAAAAGUAUGAGCUUGCCAGCAGACUGAAGACAAUUAAGUUAGUUAACCAUCGAUGGUUGGAAGACUGUUUGAAGGAUUGGGCACUCCUCCCUGAAGAAAAAUAUAAGAAGAGCGGUUAUGAACUAGAGAUGAUGGCAGAGGAAGCUAAAGACUCCGAAGAAGAAGCUGAAGAUCUCGUGCCAGGGAAAUCUGGGGAAAGAGAUAUAGCUAGGAGUCCCUUUAGUUCAAAAAUGAAUACUGCUACAGGUGCUUCUGAUGGAUUUCUGAAAGCAAGUGAGGGGCAUGAGUCAUUAUUAAUUCUCAAAAAUGAGAAUAGAUCUGAUCAAAUCAGAAACAUCCAUCAUGAUGUACUAAAAUCAAGUUCUGGGGAAGCUGGCAUUUCUAGGUAUGAUGCUUCUGGUCAGCUGCCUGACACAUGUGCCAAGACCACUAAACCUAAAAACACUUGCGCUCCAGACGCAGUUGACUGCCAGAAUCUUGGCAUUCCUGGAAAUGCUGAUUCAUCUGGUUUUCUCCCUGAUCUUCAUCUUCAAGCCGGUACUACUGAGUAUGGGAAGUUGGUUAAUGACUUGAGAUUGACAUCUGAAAGUGUUGAGGGACAUGCACAUUCAGAUGCAAAGGGCAGUGCUGCGAGUAACUCUAGGAAAAACUUGAAGAGAUUCUCUCCUCCAAGUGGCUUGAAUGAAAACAUUGGCAAUUUAAGUGGUCCUUCUGCAUCACCUUCAAAUAAUUUGAAAUUAAGAAAUGACCUAGAAGCCUCUUUGAGCAAGGAGAAAAAGGAAAGUGGCAGCAUUAACUGCACCUUUGUUGAGGGUUUUAGAAAAGGAAAUGAUUUUAGUAACAAGAAGGGGCCAGUUAGUUUAUCUCCUAAAAAGAUGGUGAUUGAAGCUACUACUAAAUUUAAAUCGAAGACGACAGCAGGUGCUAAACUUUCAGUUGAAAGAUCCCCAUUAGCAGAUUGCGAUAAACUACCAGAGAUAGAACACCAUUUUCCUGUGGGCAAAGAUCAUAUAAAGAGCCCAGAAACUGUGAGCUCAAAGUCUCCGCCAGAUGAUGAUACACCUAAAAUUAAUGGCAAGCCUGAUAUUGCUGGUUCUGGCAGUGAAAAAGUUGCUCAAGAUGGUAGUGAAACAGAGCCUCAUAAUGCCAAGAACGAUCUUGAGCGCUCAUCUUCAAGUAAAAAGAAGCCUAGAAAUGAGGAAUCAACCGGUCAUGCUACCAUGGAUUUAUGCAGCAGAGUAGGUGAUAAGUUGAUUAGAAAAUCACCUCGCAAGAAGACAGUUGCCAAGAAAUCUUUGGGUUCUAGACCUAAAUCAGGUGCUACUGCUAAAAAGAAGGGUUUGAUUUCAUUAAAUGAAAGUGACCCUCAAGCUGAUGGUGCAAGUUGUUUAAGUGGAUGGAAAGAGACGACAGUUUUUGAUGGCAAGAAGCUUCAUAAACCCUCUAAAAUUGUUAGUGUUGAAACGUCAGUGGAGCAGGAGAUUGUCUGUAAAUCAGCAGAAAUUGCCAAUGGCAGAGAACUUCAGGAUGAAGAAACAGAGGCUCCGGAUGACAAAUCUGAGUGCAAGGGACUGGCAGUUGAUGAAGACAAUCGUGAAUCAGUUAAUCUUUUGAAAAAAGCUGUUACCCAGACAGAAGAGAAGUUGGAAGCAAGUCAACAUGUAUCAAAAUCUAAAACACAGCCUCCAAAGGUAGGUACAAAUGGAACUAAACCAGUGGUACUGGAGUCGGUUGACUCAACCUCUAAAAUAAAAGGAAAGCCUGAAGGGAGAAAACUUACUGAAGGUGGAAUCAAGAAAGCCGCAUUUACCAAGGACGUAACGAGGCCUAAGGAGGCUGCAUCCAGUCAGAGGAAAGAUGAGACAAAUAUGGAAACCAUGGAUGCAGAGUUAUUUCCUGUUGGUAAAAAUAGCAGCUCUGCUGUACUGACAAAUAAUUCAGAGAGUUUUCAGGAAGUUGAGAAGGAAAACAGACCAAUUGAUGGAGAGGGCAAUGGAGAGUGUAUAAACAUUGGAAAUUUCGACGUUAAAAUUUGUGCGGGUCAAGCAAAGACCGAUAAAAGAACUCAGAAAAGGGCUCUUAAUUCAUCUAUAUCAGAAGACAACGAAGGAGUGAAGGGAGAAGCUGCAUGUUUUAUAGUAAGCGGGCAUCGCUUACAGAGAAAGGAGUUUCAACAAAUGAUUAGGCGAUUAAAAGGAAGGGUCUGCCGGGAUUCUCAUCAGUGGUCAUAUCAGGCAACACACUUCAUAGCCCCAGAUCCUAUACGCAGGACAGAGAAAUUUUUUGCUGCUGCUGCAUCAGGAAGGUGGAUUCUUAAAACUGAUUACUUAACUGCCUGUAGUCAGGCCGGUAAAUUCUUGAAUGAAGAACCUUAUGAAUGGCACAAGAGUGGCCUUAGUGAGGAUGGUGCAAUCAAUUUGGAGGCUCCAAGAAGAUGGAGGCUUUUGAAAGAGAAGACAGGUCAUGGCGUCUUAUAUGGGAUGCGCACUAUUGUAUAUGGCGAUUGCAUUGCCCCGCCUUUGGAUACACUGAAGCGUGUAGUCAAUGCAGGUGAUGGAACUAUAUUAGCAACUUCUCCUCCUUACACCCGGUUCCUUGAUAGUGGUGUUGACUAUGCCGUAGUUAGCCCAGGCAUGCCGCGUGUUGAUAUGUGGGUCCAAGAGUUCUUAAAACAUGAGAUACCCUGUGUUUUGGCUGACUACUUGGUGGAGUUUGUGUGCAAGCCCGGAUUCUCCCUCGAGAAACAUGUACUAUACGGGACUCAUGCUUGGGCAGAGAGGUCAUUUGCUAACCUUCGAAGGAAGGCGGAAGAAGUCAUCGAGAAUCCUCCAGAAAUUGAUGAUGAUAAUGACACAGCUUGCCAGGUAUGUGGGUCCCGAGAUAGAGGAGACGUGAUGCUGAUUUGUGGUGAUGAAAGUGGUUCCGUUGGUUGUGGAGUUGGCGUCCAUAUUGAUUGCUGCGAUCCUCCUCUGAAAGAUGUUCCGGAGGAGGAUUGGUUCUGUUCCGAGUGCAGUGAAACACGAAACCGCUCUAACCCGAACAAGAAAAGGAAAAAAGGCGUCUUGUCUUCCUCGAAGAACAAGUGACCUUCCCUUUUUAUGCUUGUCAUCAUCAAGGAAGCUUGUUUCAAUUGUUGAAGCACACGCCUUCCCACGUUGGAGUCGUUCCAAACUGUUUUAGAUUGCUGCCAUAUCGGUGAAAUUCUAAAUCACUAAUAUAUUAGGGUUGAAUCUGUUGAUUUAAAUAGAGGUUCCGUUGACAUCUCUGACCGAGCCGCGGUUGAUUGUAAAUGAGUUUGUUGAACAUUGCAAUUUAUUUUUCAAAUUUCAUGUAAUGUUUUAGAGGUUCUUUACCUGGUUAGAGGUAAUUUGAAGUGUCCGAUCUUUACCCUUAAUAAAGAAACUAUUAAUCG